CUCACCGAACUAGUUUUCCUGGUUUGAACUGCAGUCUUCCUGAGCGGCUAGGAUUACAGAGGUGAGUCACCAGUCAGAUGGUUUUGUAUUUUGGCAGAGCUGGGCAAUUGCCUCACGACAGGCCGCCUCCUUGCAUCACUCCCCCAGCUCUCUUUACUAACCCCCUCACCGAGUCAUAAAUUCUGUCUGCAAAUCUUGCCUCUUUAGAAGUUUCCCUUGAUUUUUGUCCCGUUAGGGUCUGGAGUCACAACUCUUUCCUAGGGCCAUGGUUUGGCUGGUUUCGGUCACGGUCGUAACGUGCACUGCGGGCUCUGGUGUGGAACGGCUCCUGGAGGCGCGGUGCAGGGCGUAUCGCACACCUGCAUCAUUUGGAAGCAUUUGCGAGGGAGCCGGCUAUGGGGCUAAGGAACCUGGCUAAGCCCAAGACUUGAUUCAGUGCCGGGCCUCCAGGUGCUUUGCGGCUCCUAAGCUCUAUGCUUUAGGAAUCCUGGCCAUUAGGCGCCAAGAUGUCACUUGGAAAUUCGUACCCUUCGCUGGGCUGCUGGGCUGCUGCGCCGCGCAGCACGACGCGACAGCCCGCGCCGGAAGGAAACGCUGCAAGCCUUUUCCAACAUGGCCGCGACUUCCGGAGAUCUGCGGUGACGUCAUCACUGAGCGUCGCACCGACUGCGCGCAGAAGGCGGUGAACUAACGAGGGACCAUGUUGAGCCGGCUUCAGGAGCUGCGUAAGGAGGAGGAGACGCUGCUUCGGUUGAAGGCGGCCCUCCACGACCAGCUGAACCGCCUUAAGGUUGAAGAAUUGGCCCUCCAGUCAAUGAUCAAUUGUAGAAGAGGAGAGGAGAUGCCGACUUCUCAGCCUGUACCGGAACGGUCACAAGAAAUGUUGGUACAUGUAGACAAUGAAGCAUCAAUCAACCAAACUGCACUGGAGUUGAGCACAAGGAGCCAUGUGAUAGAAGAGGAGGAGGAAGAGGAGGAAGAAUCAGACUCCUAAAGGGGAACAGGAGCCAGGGUGAAAUACACAUCUGAACAGAGACAAGCAUGGGGAGAGGCCUG